UAUUACAUAAGCUUAACCUCAACAGUCAACGCGAAAAAAUGUAGAUUAUAAAAAAUGUAUCAACACUCAACCAUCAGAUUGAGCAUCAAUAGCUCGUUAUAAGUGUUCUAUUGGUGUUCUGUGAUCAACAUUCAAUAGUGAACUGAACAGACGAGAACUUAAAACUGCAAAGUUUAAAAAAUAUCAACAUUUAAAAACUUACAAUCACUUCAAUCUGAUACUUAUGUGAAUACAUCUUGAAAAAUUAAAUGUAAUUAAUCAAUAAAUUAUAAACGAUGGCCCUAACCCUUAGACGAAAAUUAGUAAGUAAUGUUUACAAAUCUUGUAGAAGUUAUAGUGAUGCAGAAAAAUCGAUUUAUCAAAAGCAUGAAGAGGCUAAACAUGUCAAAGAACUUUACGAAUGGCGAAAACCUUGGAUAAAAAGGGACGGAGAAAACCGAAGUACAUUGAACAUUUUUGUUGAAAACAAUCCUAAAAUGAGUGUUCUUUAUGCGAUGCAAAGGCUGCCCCAUAUAACAUUUCAAGAUGUGAAGGAUUGGUGGGCUGACAUAAAAGAUAUACAAGAAGUAGAGAAUCAAAAGUAUUUACCAGAGCGAGUAGCAACCCUUGGUGUUAAUUUAGCAGCUGUACAUUACUUUACAUAUAGGCAAGCAGUAGUAAGACUAAAAGGUAAAAUGGAGUGGAUAUCUGGUGAUAUAACUACAUUAAAUCUUCCCACUACUUAUGCUGAUGGAUAUCAAGUUGAAGCAGUAGACUGUUCUAAAUUUCACCUCAAAGGAAUCAGAUAUGAAGGCUUGCAGAAUCUUUCAGGCCUCAACUUCCUCAAAUGGCUUUCAUUGAGAAACAAUAAAUUUAUAGAUGUGUGGUGUUUCGACAGAUUGGCUGGCCAGAAUGGUAAAACUAUUGAAUUCUUAGACAUUAGCGGCUGUAAUUUGUGUGUGGGCUCAAUAUUUGCUCUUUCUAGAAUGUCAGCUCUUAAAUAUUUAGUAAUUACUGACCCUGGAGAAAACAUAGAAAUUCAAGCUGCCAUUUCUGAACUAGAACAAGAACGACCAGAACUUACAAUUAAAACAUUAGAAAAUAUAGAACAUUUAAAGAAAUCUAUUGAUCAUUAAUACUUACCAACAAGUAAUUUGUGGAUGUACUUCUUAAUAUCAACUAGAUAUGUUAAAGUGUUAAAUUUAGGAACUAAUGAAAUAAAACACAAAAAUUGUU